AUGACCACAGCAACGAAUGUACAGGCACUGUUGCGCUUCUUAACGCAAGAUGCCAGGAUACCUCUCGCGACUGCCAUUGGCAAGGUCAAAGGCCUACAAGAAGCUAAGCUACUAAACCCAGAGGAUAUAUCCAAAGCAAAGUUGGUGACAGUCCAAUUGGUUUUUACUGAGACCAAAAUUGCGAAACAAGUGUGGAACGCGGCGAAAAGAGUGGUCAAAAAGCGAGCUCUAGGAGAGGACGGCCCGGAAGCAGCAUCGUCUUUAUCGCCGUCGAAAAAACGGAGAGUAGCAGGAGGAGAAGGGCUUGAUAUGACUCCUCGGCAGAUUGAAGAGUCACUUACGCUUCCCAUAAGUACAGAUUUGGAGAAGAUUGCUAACACGGUGAUUGUCACGAAUCGGGCUCCCCUAGUGUUAGCAUUCGCAGUCAUGUCACUGAAGUACACAAUGCCCGAACAGCCGUUGUCCAGCAGACUAAGCCUUGCCCAGGCUGUAGUGAGCGCAAACAGUCGCACAAAGGCUCGCAGCCUUGGUAUAGACACGGCUCCCAGCGCUGAGGGCGCAGAAUGGGCACACGGCCAGCCCACGGUCAAGGUGCUAGGGAGGAGCAUCAGCGUCCUUCGGCGAGUAGGGUACGACUGGAACGAAGAAAGAGGGGAAAUUGAGUCUGUAUCGCCGCCCCGUAUCGGAUUUGAUAGCAAGAAGGAGACGGUGCUAGAAGGAGAUAGCAGCAGCAAAUCCCCGCAUGCGGAGACGGGUUCCCCUGCACACAAAUCGAACAGGCCAUCACCCAAACCAGAGAACGAGGACGACAAUCUCCCAGCCCUAUGGGGCCUGGACUUGGAUAGUGAUCGUAAAUCGAGUGAUGGCCGCCAGAACAGCAGAUAUGGUGGGUACGACAGUGGACGAGGGAGCCAGAGCACGUACCUCCCUGUAUUCAGAGCCGAACCAGCUAGAGACUACCUGCUGAGGUCAUUUUGUGAGCACAGCCCGAACCAGUCGAACAAUGGGAAAGCCGAGUCGAAGUCGAUGCCAGCCAAGGAGAUUGCUCUCAGUCUGCUGCUUGGCGCGAUCGAUCAUGUUUGCCAGUCAUGGGCGCCAACGCUGAGCCGAGACGACUUAGAUAGGCGAACCUGGAGUUGGUACGUCGCUGUUCGGCCAGAGGUUGAGAGUAACAUCUCCGGAUGGGGCCAGAAGGGAGAGGUCCGUCUGUCUGCGAUCCUUGAUUUGAGGAAACCGAGAUGA